AUGCUAGCCAUCUUUCUCUUAACAACGGUAGCAUUUGGGCAAGAGCUAAGUCGAAACUUGACCGCUGGUCAAAAUGGGUAUCAUAAAGGGGAACUGGAAACUAUUGGUCAAACUGUGGAAGGAUUGUGGAGCUUAGACAAAGCACCAACAACUGGUUGGAGCCCCGAAGUACCACGAACUAAUCGUGCAGAACUUGAUGUACCACUGGUCCCUAUAGCUUUAGCAGAUACUGAGUCUCGGAUGCUGAUUCUUAAUACUGCUGCUCAAUAUGGCCUACAGAUGGCUGAUGACAUCGUAGAAACCCUUGAACCAAUGUUAUUUAGUAAAGGGGUUAUGUUACACGACUCGGACGUAGGAUCGUUAUUAUCAACGUUCUCCAAUCUACUUCCUCAGGCUAAGCAGAUGUCUCGGGUUGCAUUAGCUGCUGUUAGUGCUACAAGUCUGUUAUCCGAGAGGUUCCAGCUCACAAGGGAACAGAUCACAUCAGGCUUACAACAAAUCGACGUCUAUAACACACCUCUCUCUACCAACUGUCCACUCCCUGUGCAAUCCGACCCCGAAUGUCCCUGGUUUAGUCGACAUUACCGGACAGCCGACGGCAGUUGUAAUAACCAAGCGAAUCUGCUCUGGGGCAGAAGUUUGACCCCAUUCGUUAGAUUCUUGCCUCCAGAUUAUUCAGACGGCGUCUCUAAACCACGGAUAUCGCGAGGUCGGACGCCUCUGCCUUCUGCUCGGCACCUUAGCAACGCACUAAUCCAACAUCAAGAUCGUCCCCAUCCACGGGCUUCGGUGAUGCUGAUGCAGUGGGGUCAGUUCCUGGAUCACGACAUGACCCACAGCGCAGUUACAACGGGGUUCAACGGAGCUAAGUUGCGUUGUUGCGGAGUGUCGCCAGCCUUGCAGCAUCCGGCAUGCUUUCCCAUUCUCAUCCCACACGAUGACGUCUUCUACAGCCACUACAACGUUUCCUGUAUGGAAUUUGCUCGCUCCAGCCCGUCUCCUCAUCACGGAUGUGGUCUUGGCCCUCAGGAACAGAUUAACGAGAUCACGUCUUACCUGGACGCUUCGAAUGUAUACGGUUCCACAAAGAGUGACGCGGCCUACCUGCGAGCCUUUAAGGGGGGUCGCCUACGAGAAACGUCUUUUAAAUUCAAAAAAUCCAUUUUGCCCCCAGGAACGGUCAAAGAAUUAGAAGAAUGCCGCCAUAUUGAUCCUCACAAUACCGCUUGUUUCACAGCAGGAGAUGCUCGUGUGAACGAACUUCCAAGCCUUACUGCUAUGCAUACUGUAUGGCUUCGUCAGCACAACCGCCUGGCCAAUCAUCUGGCAUUAUAUAAUCCUCACUGGGACGAUGAGAAGGUGUACCAGGAAUCUCGUCGCAUCGUGGGCGCCAUGACACAGCACAUCACGUACAAUGAGUUCUUGCCCGUGGUGUUGGGAGAACUAGUCAUGAAAGUGUACGGUUUAACCCUAAAACCACGUGGCCAUUACACCAAGUAUGACCCUACCGUGAAUGCUGGAGUGGCCAAUGCCUUCGCUACAGCGGCCUUUCGCUUUGGCCACAGCCUCGUACCAGGAAGAUUUCUCCGCUACUCCAAGGACACAGCCCCAUCUAGAGCUUUAAGAAACGAAUUCUUUAACCCGGGAUCGAUGCUCCAAGAUGGAUCCAUGGACAAGUUACUGCUGGGCCUGUUAAACCAGAAGGCCCAACAAGUGGAUGAGUACAUCACAGGAGAGCUCUGUAAUCACCUCUUUCAGCGCCACCACCACAUGUUCGGCAUGGAUUUAUUUGCUGUUAACAUUCAGCGAGGUAGAGAUCACGGUAUUCCAUCCUACACCGCCUGGCGGCGCUACUGUAGUCUCAAGUCCGUACACUCUUUUAGUGAUCUUCGAGGUUUGAUGGAAGAUUAUGUCAUCAGAAGACUUGAGGAAAUGUACGAGACCGUGGAUGACAUUGAUCUCUAUAUAGCAGGCCUAGCAGAAAAACCAGUGAUUGGGGGGUUGGUCGGCCCCACGUUUGCCUGUAUUAUUGCUCAACAGUUUCAAAAUUUCAAGAUUGGUGAUAGAUUUUGGUAUGAAAAUGGUGGUUUUGAAUCUUCAUUUACAUCAGAACAACUUCAAGAACUGAGGAAAACAUCUUUUGCCCGAAUCUUAUGUGAUAAUCUGGAUGAGAUUGUGACUAUUCAACUAAGACCAAUGGAGCAGUGGAAUAUAAGAUGGAACCCCCGAGUGUUGUGCAGUAGUUCCAAUCUUCCAAAUCUGAACUUGGAUAAAUGGAUAGAGAGCCCCGGUUGACUAGAAGCAGUUCCCUCUUUUCGAAGUGUACCUGUGAUUUGAUAUCUUUUUAUGUAUAGUUAUCUGGAAAAAUGACUCUCUUUGUUUUGUGUACAUAGUUAUAAAAUGUACUAAUU